GCGGAGGGCCUCCUGUGCCGAUCAUCACCAUGGACGACUAUCCCAUCCAGGGCCUGUUGGCCCUUUCUAUUCUAUUGGGUCCACUGUUCCGGUUAAUGUUCCCGCUGGGAUUCGGACGUGUGUGUGCGUCCCGGAUGUUGAUGCGAUCUGGGACAGUAAAACCUGGGCCCACACCUGGCGAACAGGCAAAGAUUGACCGCAGGUUGGCAGAGAAAAAGAAAGGAAAGGAGGCUAAGAAGAAACAGAAAGAAGAAGAGGCCAAGAGAAAGCUGAAAGAAAGGAUGGAUAAAGAGUUAGAAGAAGAAUUGAAAAGCAUUCGAGAAGAAGACGAAGAAGAAGAACAGGAAGAAGGGGAGACAUUGCAAAGACGUCGUCACCUCGACAUACCUGAGAGUAGUACAGCAAGCCGGCUUCCCGUUGAACCGUUGGAUUGGGCUGGUCAGUACUACUACUCCAGCGAACCGUUAAGAGAGUCUGAAGAGGAACGAGAUACGUUCAUCGCAAAGUUGGCCACUGUAACAGACACAGUCGAACGAAAUCUGAUGCUGGAGGAGAAGAGGGUUGAACUGAAUAAUAAGUUGUUAGCAGCCCGAAGACAAGAAGUGGAAGAAAAAAAAAAACUGCAGGCAGAAGGGGAAAAAUUGCAAAAGGCCUUGGAAGACCAAAAGGAUAAACCCUCUGCAACAGAAGAACAACUUGCUCUCCUAAGAGAGGCCGUCCUCAACACAAGGCAGGACAUGGCCUUGAUGCGUCAGACGUUACAAAGGGUGGAAACACAUCGAGUUGAAUUCGAAUCCGUCUGGAACAAUUUCCUAGAAAAGUCAGCAAAGGAUGUUGACCAACAUGUCCAGACAUACAUCAGGGCCUUGGAUGAACAUGUCACCAAGACCUUCACUCCUGAGGUUAUAGAAAAAAUUGUUAAGGGAGCUGGAGGCGGAGGAGGAGAUGGUGAUGACGAUGGCGAUGAUGAUAAGAAGGGGAAAAAAGUUGGAGAUCCAAAGGAAAAACUUCCACAGGAAAUAGGGCAGGCUAGUAAGAUUAAACUUAAACUGUCGUGGACCUAUAAUGGGAAGAAAGAAGAAAGUGUUUUGCAUUGGGCAGCGGCAAUAGAGUCGUAUGUGUACGGGCAGCGAAUCCCAUAUUGGGACAGGGUGCUAAUGGCUAGUUCGUGCAUGGGAGGCGAUGCCAUGAGCUUCACAAUCUCGCUACAGAAAGAGGCGGGGUGCAACUCAAUGGUUGAAUUCUCACAACAAACUCGAAUUGAAGAUUUCCUUAAAGCAGUGAGAGAAAGGUUUGAGGAUAAAAACUUAGCACGUCGCACGGAAAUGCUAAUCCUCAACCUCCGUGAUAGGAAAUGGAAAAGCACCUCUGCCUUGAAAGCAACUAUGGAUGAAUUGUUGCAAUGCCCUGACCAUGGACUGACACCUGCCCAGAUUUUGAAUAGUUUUGCACGAGCACUUCCUGAUCCCUUGAGAACGCAACUUUAUCCCCGUGUCAAGGAAGAAGGAAUGACAUACGAGAAGUUCGGCAAGAUCGCGGUAGAUCAUGCUGGCUUCCUCGCCGAAGCAAACUAUUGCCACUAUUGGAAAGAUCUACAAGCGGGUAAGAAGUGCCAAAACUGCACUAUCUCAGGGUCUAUACCUGGGAAGGAUAGUCUCCUUCCUACCUUUGAAGAAGGAGGCGCCAAUACCAUUUUCUGGGAUCAGGUAGAUUAUGGUCUCGAUGAACUCAGCGGACCGGUAGCUCAGGAGGGGAGUUACGCGGCCGUUGUAGCCCGCGGGGGAGGGCGUCAUGGAAGAGGGCGUGGCCGAGGAAGAGGAGGUCGCGGCCGUGGUGGACGAGGAUACGGCACCCAGAGGGGUGGUGGUGAAGGAAGCCACUACGUGGGAGGAAGGAGAAAUGGUCCCUCGCAAGGUGGCCGUGGAGACUUAGUUUGGGUGAAGUCUCAGGAGUUUGCUCCUGAAGAGAACAUUUCUCAGAAACUUCUACCCGCCUACAGAGGACCUUGGCAGGUCUUAGAUGUGAUUGGAGAUGUGGAUUAUCCCUCGUAUGUCAUUGAGAUUCCUUUGCACCUACAUACCUAUCCAGUGUUUCACACAUCAAAGCUCUUACCUUGUGUAACGAAUGAGCUAUUCCCAAGUUGCAGAUCGGCGAUACCUCCAAGUAUGGAUGGAAAGUAUGACGUGGAUAAAAUUGUUGCAGAAAAUACUUUUCAUACUGGUCGUAGAGGCAGACCACAGCGUCAAUAUAAGGUGAGAUUUGCGUACCAGGAUCCUAGUGAAGAUCGCUGGUUCACAAGAGAAGAAUUAUUAGAUUCUGCACCUCAUAUUGUGUCUGCGUAUGAAAGAGGAACGAGAGGAAUUCACAUCAUUGAUAGGUAAAUGAUUUCGUUGAGGACUUCGAAACUAGGCCGGCGAGAGUAAAAGGGCCUUUACCCG